UUUACAGUUAUUUCAAGAUUUCUGGAUACCGAACAACUUCUUUCAGUUUUAGUACAACUCCCAAAGCAGGACACAGUUCAAGCAGCUGAAUCAAAAAUAACUAAUUUAAUCUACCUGAAGCAUACCCUAGAGCUUGUGGAUCCUCUAAAGGCUGCCUUACGAAGCUGCAAGACACCUUUGCUAAAAGCAUACUACAGUUCUCUGGAAGAUAAACGGUUUGGAAUCAUACUUGAAAAAAUUAAGACAGUCAUUAAUGAUGAUACCAGAUACACAAAAGGAUGCUUGAAUAUGAGGACCCAGAAGUGCUAUGCUGUAAGACCAAACAUCAAUGAAUUCCUUGAUAUAGCUCGUAGAACAUACACAGAGAUAGUGGAUGAUAUAGCAGGAAUGAUAACACAGCUUGCAGAAAAAUAUAACCUCCCUUUGAAGACGAGUUUCAGUUCUUCUCGUGGAUUUUUUAUCCAGAUGAAUGCAGACUCUGCAGUUUUAUCCAAUGGUCAGCUUCCUUCAGAAUUCACAAAGAUUACUAAAAUAAAAAAUACAUAUAGCUUUACUUCAGCAGAUGUGAUUAAAAUGAAUGAAAGGUGCCAGGAGUCUUUGAGAGAAAUUUAUCACAUGACCUACUUAAUAGUGUGUAAACUACUAAGCGAGAUCUAUGAACAUAUUCAUUGUCUGUACAAACUUUCUGACACUGUAUCCAUGCUGGACAUGCUGCUGUCAUUUGCCCACACCUGCACUAUUUCUGACUAUGUUCGCCCAGAAUUCACUGAUACCUUAGCAAUCAAGCAGGGAUGGCAUCCUAUUCUUGAAAAGAUAUCUCUGGAAAAACCCAUUCCUAACAAUACAUAUCUCACAGAGGGAAGCAAUUUUGUCAUUAUUACAGGACCAAAUAUGAGUGGAAAAUCAACUUACCUAAAACAGAUUGCACUAUGUCAAAUUAUGGCACAGAUUGGUUCUUAUGUUCCAGCAGACUAUUCUUCUUUCAGAAUUGCUGAACAAAUUUUUACUAGAAUUGGUAUGGAUGAUGAUAUAGAAACAAAUGCAUCAACAUUCAUGAAGGAAAUGAAAGAGAUAGCCUAUAUCAUCCAAAAUGCUAAUGACAGAUCACUGAUUAUAAUCGAUGAACUUGGCAGAGGUACCAGUACUGAAGAAGGUAUUGGUAUUUGUUAUGCAGUCUGUGAAUAUCUAUUGAGUUUGAAGGCAUUUACACUAUUUGCUACACAUUUUCUGGAACUGUGUCAGCUAGAUACUUUAUAUCCCAAUGUGGAAAACAACCAUUUUGAGGUGCAGCAUGUGAGGAGCAGUACUGGAAAUAAAGAAAAAAUUGCUUAUACUUACAUACUUUCAAAGGGACACACAGAAGAAAAAAACUAUGGUUUAAAAGCUGCAGAAGUUUCCUCUCUACCUCCAUCAAUAAUUUUGGAUGCAAAGAAUAUCACAAAUCAUAUUACUCAACAAAUUCUGCAAAGACAAAGAAGCACUCCCGAGACAUUAAGACAGAGGGCUGUUUAUCAUCUGGCAACAAGGCUUAUUCAGACUGCCAGGAACUCUCGACUGGAUCCAGACAGCUUGCGAAUAUACUUGAAAGGCCUGAAGAAAAAGUAUGAAGCUGCCUGUCCGGUGUUUGGGCAAAGUGAAGAGCAACUGUAGUGUAUGAAUUAUGCUAACGGACUAAUUGUUACGGUGAAAACAAGGCUUAUUGUCUAUCGCACCAUAUUGUUAGCAAUAGUUUUCCAUUUAAAAAAAAAACUUUCGUUUUAAUAUAAAUUAUACUCAUUACUGUCAUACUCAUAGAUGGUCUCCACAUGUGAUUAUAUGCCAAGUUAUUCUUCUGAAGCAAAUUUGAAACAGAAGCAUCUGCUUUAUAUAAUGGAAAUCAGUAUUAUAAUAAUAAUAUUCCCCUUUAUUUAUUUUGAGAGAGACAAAUGCAAAUAGUAUUUUAACUACUCAAGGCUCAAUAGUUCAGCAUUAGUAUUAUACAGUAUACAGAUCUUAUACAGGUGUAUUAGAGAUCUUGGCCAGCGAAAAACUGGCACUGUGACUUGGGCAGAAAAGCUAUACUUUUCUCCCUUGCUGUGCAGCCACGGAGUCUGCUCAUUCUUCAGGGGGAAUUCCACCUAUAAUGUUUAAUUCAGCAUUUGGCUAACAACUCAAGGCUGCUUCCUCCCCAAAUUUGGAGUUCUGAUCCAACUCAUUUGUUGCUCAUUUGCUAGCGCAAAUAUGAUAGUCUCAUUCGACAGGAUAUUAUAGGAUGAACUUUUUCCCCUGUGUCCCUGCAGCCUUCUUACAGUUGUCCAGUGCUGGCUAACAAAUCUACUCUGGAAUGUAUUUGGGAAAAGAAGAAUGGGCCUAUUAGCCUGAAGUCCACAUGCCCAUUGAGAAAAUGGCCAUGAGAUGGACAGUGCUUGAUAUGUUAAUGAUGAAAGACUCGGAGCAGAGGCCCCAUUUUCAGACUCUGGGUAUUGUGGGGGCUCCACUUGAUGAUUUCUGUAGCAGUAGAGGAAAAUAAAUAUGUAUGUUUCAAAACAGAAAAUUAGAUGUUAUGCAGAGUGUGUCACACAUUUUUUUCCAUCCCAUGGAGCUGGGUUAAAUCCUUUAAGAUGCAUGGCUCCUGUGGGAAAGAGGAACGGACAACAGCAUUAAUAGGGAGUUGUGGGAAGCCAACUACUUCUUUUGUCUUUGUGGGUAACUCCCUGAUAAAAAUGGGAUGUGUUUUGGCUUUCUACUUCAGCAUUACUGAUGGCUGAUUGUUUUUUAAAAAAGGCAUUGGCAUUGAACUCUUUGUCAAAACAUAUUUACACCUAGUUACAAGUAACAUCCAAGAUUAUUACCUUAAGGCUGGAAGAGACCAGAGGAAGAAUUAUUUCAGUUCUGUUGUUCUAUUUUGUUUUCUUUGUGAAUUUGACAAUAAUUUGUUAUAGUAACUUUCACUCUUAUGUUAAUGUCUAGUUUCACGAAUUGAAAGGUAAGGCAGGACAUUUACAAUUCAGGAGUUCUCUUUUGCUGAAAAUUUAUUCAGGUGCAGUUUAGCCAAUGAGGCCUGAGGUGUACUCUUGGAGUUAAUGAGUGCUUCUCUACCUCAUAAGGGAGAUUCAAAAGGAGUAGAUUCUGCCUACUUCCUCCUCAAGGACCUAUGUGGAAGUUCAGUCUAGCUAAAAAAGUAAGAUGUUUCUUUUGAAACAAUAUAAUUUUAUAAUUUACGUAUUUGUUUAACAUUUAAUAAAUGGCCUAUUCUGAAUUAUAGUAGUUUACUUUUUUCUCGAACAUAUUUUAUUAUUUACUUCCUACAUCUUAAUGACACCUGUAAAAAAACCUUUUAAAGCCUGAAUUUUCUGCAGUUUGAUUCAUUUCAGCACUUUUGUUUCAGUCCAAACUCUUUGAUUUCUUGUUGACAAGGUUGGGAUUACAUGUGGUCCUGCCACAAAUCAAAAGC